AGGGAAGAAGCGGGGCAUUGUGGGAAGCGCCCGCGCUUUCGGCGGGUUCCGUUAAAAUGGCGCCCUGGUGGCCGGCGGCGCCCGCGCCUUAGCCUGUCGGGAGCCGGGAGCUUGAGGGGCGCAGGGAGGGCGCGAGCCACGGUCCCUGCCCUUGCGGCGGCGGUGGCGGCUCUGCCCAGACCCCCGCGCACAGUCCCGGGCAAGGAUGGCGACCCCGGACCAGAAGUCGCCGAACGUUCUGCUGCAGAACCUGUGCUGCAGGAUCCUGGGCAGGAGCGAAGCUGAUGUAGCCCAGCAGUUCCAGUAUGCUGUGCGGGUGAUUGGCAGCAACUUCGCCCCAACUGUUGAAAGAGAUGAAUUUCUAGUAGCUGAAAAAAUCAAGAAAGAGCUUAUUCGACAACGAAGAGAAGCAGAUGCUGCAUUAUUUUCAGAACUCCACAGAAAACUUCAUUCACAGGGAGUUUUGAAAAAUAAAUGGUCAAUACUCUACCUCUUGCUGAGCCUCAGUGAGGACCCACGCAGGCCGCCAAGCAAGGUUUCUAGCUAUGCUACGUUAUUUGCUCAGGCCUUACCCAGAGAUGCCCACUCAACCCCUUACUACUAUGCCAGGCCUCAGACCCUUCCCCUGAGCUACCAGGAUCGGAGUGCCCAGUCAGCCCAGAGCUCCGGCAGCGUGGGCAGCAGUGGCAUCAGCAGCAUCGGCCUGUGUGCCCUCAGUGGCCCCGCGCCUGCGCCACAGUCUCUCCUUCCGGGACAGUCUCAUCAAGCUCCGGGAGUAGGAGAUUGCCUUCGACAGCAGUUGGGGUCACGACUUGCAUGGACUUUAACUGCAAAUCAGCCUUCUUCACAAGCCACUACCUCAAAAGGUGUCCCAAAUGCUGUGUCUCGCAACAUGACAAGGUCCAGGAGAGAAGGGGAUACGGGUUGUACUAUGGAAAUUACAGAAGCAGCUCUGGUAAGGGACAUUUUGUACGUCUUUCAGGGCAUAGACGGCAAAAAUAUCAAAAUGAACAACACUGAAAAUUGUUACAAAGUAGAAGGAAAGGCAAAUCUAAGUAGGUCUUUGAGAGACACAGCAGUCAGGCUCUCUGAGUUGGGAUGGUUGCAUAAUAAAAUCAGAAGAUACACGGACCAGAGGAGCCUGGACCGCUCAUUCGGACUCGUCGGGCAGAGCUUUUGUGCCGCCUUGCACCAGGAACUCAGAGAAUACUAUCGAUUGCUCUCUGUUUUACAUUCUCAGCUACAACUAGAGGAUGACCAGGGUGUGAAUUUGGGACUUGAGAGUAGUUUAACACUUCGGCGCCUCUUGGUUUGGACCUAUGAUCCCAAAAUACGACUGAAGACCCUUGCGGCCCUGGUGGACCACUGCCAAGGAAGGAAAGGAGGUGAGCUGGCCUCAGCUGUCCACGCCUACACAAAAACAGGAGACCCGUACAUGCGAUCUCUGGUGCAGCACAUCCUCAGCCUCGUGUCUCAUCCUGUUUUGAGCUUCCUGUACCGCUGGAUAUAUGAUGGGGAGCUUGAGGACACUUACCACGAAUUUUUUGUAGCAUCAGAUCCAACAGUUAAAACAGAUCGACUGUGGCAUGACAAGUAUACUUUGAGGAAAUCGAUGAUUCCUUCAUUUAUUACGAUGGAUCAGUCUAGGAAGGUCCUUUUGAUAGGAAAAUCAAUAAAUUUCUUGCACCAAGUUUGUCAUGAUCAGACUCCCACUACAAAGAUGAUAGCCGUGACCAAGUCUGCAGAGUCACCCCAGGACGCCGCAGACCUGUUCACAGACUUAGAAAAUGCAUUUCAGGGGAAAAUUGAUGCUGCUUAUUUUGAGACCAGCAAAUACUUGUUGGAUGUUCUCAAUAAAAAGUACAGCUUGUUGGACCACAUGCAGGCAAUGAGACGGUACCUACUUCUUGGUCAAGGAGACUUCAUAAGGCACUUAAUGGACUUGCUAAAACCAGAACUUGUCCGUCCAGCUACAACUUUGUAUCAGCAUAACUUGACUGGAAUUCUAGAAACCGCUGUCAGAGCCACCAACGCACAGUUUGACAGUCCUGAGAUCCUGCGAAGGCUGGACGUGCGGCUGCUGGAGGUCUCUCCAGGUGACACUGGAUGGGAUGUCUUCAGCCUUGAUUAUCAUGUCGACGGACCAAUUGCAACUGUAAGAUUAUCCUGCAUCAUUUUAUACGAGAUGGGAACUGCUGGUGCAAUUUCCCUUUACACGUGCUACUCGGAGAUGUAUGAGGCCACGUACCUAAGAGUAGAUUUUAACUGUCCUCUGGAGGGCAAAGCGCGGAUGGAAUACAGUUCUCAGCGCGCACAUACGUCUGUUGAGCUGCAGGGCUCCUGUUGCCUGCAGCUGUGUAAACCUGGCCCCAGCUCCUCUUGGUGCCUGGAGCUGGGCUCUGUGCUCCGGCAGCAUAGCCUUUGGUACUGGCCACAGCUGCGGGGCAUCUCCGGAUGUGAGGGAGUCCUGGUGGAAGGUGCCUGCCUGAACAAGUCCUUAAGAGCCAGUCAGCAUCCUCACAGCAGCAACCAGAUGUCUCUCACUGUCGCGGGGCUUUGUCUUAAAAGAAGACCAUUGGAGAUGCUGUCCGCUGUACUCAUUGUAGACACAGUAAAAGAGUUCUCUGGGGUGCUGCACCAGUGUCAUGUUUUGGCCUCUGAGAUGGUCCAUUUCAUUCAUCAGAUGCAGUAUUACAUCACAUUUGAGGUGCUUGAAUGUUCUUGGGAUGAGCUUUGGAACAAAGUCCAACAGGCCCAGGAUUUGGAUCACAUCAUCGCUGCACACGAGGUGUUCUUAGACACCAUCAUCUCCCGCUGCCUGCUGGACGGUGACUCCAGGGCACUCUUAAAUCAACUUAGAGCUGUGUUUGAUCAAAUUAUUGAACUUCAGAAUGCUCAAGAUGCAAUAUACAGAGCUGCUCUGGAAGAAUUGCAGAGACGAUUACAGUUUGAAGAGAAAAAGAAACAGCGUGAAAUUGAGGGCCAGUGGGGAGUGACGGCAGCAGAGGAAGAGGAGGAAAAUAAGAGGAUUGGAGAAUUUAAAGAAUCUAUACCGAAAAUGUGCUCACAGUUGCGAAUAUUGACCCAUUUCUACCAGGUGUGUAUGAGGAGUGGCUCUUCACACCACUCUGCCCAUGUUCUGUUCCUGACACUUGCUUUCACAGUGACGAGAGCUGAGUCAGCCCUGUCAGUCUGGCAUUACUGUGUAGGUUUGAGUAGCACCCAUGGUGGACCCUGUGACCCUCUGGGGACUCAGGUAUACCUGGGCUCCGGCAUUGCCAUUGUGCCGCCAGUGAGAACCCUGGUCAAAGGGUGGCCCCUGUGCUCCCCCGUGGUGGGUGGUGGGACCCCGUGGGUAGCCUGUGCCUGCCCCGUGGUGGGGUUGGGGGGACCCGGGGUGGCCCUGUGCUCCCCCGUUGGUGGGGUGUGCGACCCGGGGUGGCCCCUGCGCUCCCCCGUGGUGGGUGUGGGACCUGGGGGUGCCCUGUGCUCCCGUUGGUGGGUGUGGGGACCGGGGGUGGCCCUGCUCCCCUGGUGGGUGUGCGGACCGUGGUGGCCCCUGCUGCUCCCCGUGGUGGGUGUGGACCUGGGUGGCCCUGCGCUCCCCCGUGGGCGUCUCUGCAGCCUUCACUUGGGCUUUUCUUGUGACUCCCCAAUGGGGACUGUCCCUGAGGCAGCUGCCCAGCCUGGUGAGGGGCGGGCAGCCAGCAGACGUGCCAACUGGCCAUGUGCACCUCACAGCAGCAGCCUCCGCUCCCUGGACAACCUGCUCCCUGACCCACGAAAAUUCCAUCGACGUCCUUCAGACUGCACGCUGGCGGGUCCGCCCUUCCGCCACACGAGUUGCCCAUGUUUCAAGCGGACCGGCGUGCGGGAGAAGCCACAGCGUGUUUCUCCAAGCCGGGAGCCGAAUGCAUUUGGUCCUGGGCAGCUCAAGCAGGCCACCUGGCUCCGUCCACGAGGACACCUCUCGCCCACCAGGAAGUUCAGUGACUGUGGCCGAAGACACAGAUACCCUUGGUUAGAAGGGUUGGCAGCCCUCAUAUCCUGCUGCAUGGCUGCGCUGAAGAACCAGCCACGUGCUCUCAUCACGGCGUUUUCAGCCUUUCACCUCCCCAGUGUUGAAAAACACUACAAGCUCUUCCCUAAAUGUCCCCUGUGUAGCACAGUCAGUUUCGGGAUCUUUAAGGACACGUUUGAAGCCUUGGAGAGCCUGUUCACAAGUCACCAGUCCGACACAGACGCUGGUGUGGGAUCCGAGCAUCUCUUGGAUCAACGGCCAAAACCUGCACAUCCUGAAGGCACCCACAGUGUCACCUGUCUGGGGGUCCUGAAGGCACCCACGGUGUCACCUGUCUGGGGGUCCCGAAGGGUCAGCAGCCUCACCUGGAAUGGAGAUCUCGUGCCUAGCCUCAGGCCGCCUUCCUCUGGCACCGCGGGGCCGGCUCCCCUCACACCGAGGGACCCCGUGGAGCCCGGGAUGGGGUGGAGACCGCGUGUCCGGCGUCUCAUCCACGUCCCAUCCACCCGCGGCGUGUGGGUGGCGCUGGGCUGGUGUCCUGGGGGAGGAGGCCCGGGCGCCCUGGGGGCCUCCUGGCCAAGCGGGCGCCCGUUUCAGCUUCUGCGCGCUUCUGGUGUGGGCCGCCUUAUCCGCAGGCCGGAGAGGAAAAGCGCUUCCCAUGCACCCUGCGGCUGGGGCCCUGGGGAGAGGAUCCGCCACCUCCACGUGGGGCUGUGCAUGGAGAAGCUGGGAGGAGGCGCCGCUUCUGGGACCAAGCAGGGGUGUCCAGUGUUUCUGGGGUGA